AUGUAAGAAAAACAAAGGGUAAAGGAGAAAAUGAGAAGAGCGAAUGUAUUUCUGAGAUGAAAGAAGAGCAGUUAAAGAGAAAACGAAAGAGAGGAGUUGUGCAUGGAGAAGAGAGAGUAUAAAAAUGUGGAGAAAAGAAAAGAGAAAAAGAGAGAAUUCUCGCCACGCUGAAUAACGCACAUAAAGUCAUGUAUACUUAAAUUUGAGUAUUUUCGUAUUACAAAUUGAAAUAUUUUAUCAUUAUAACCCAUAAGUGAAUGUAUGGGAUGUAAAAUUUGCCUCUAUAUGGAUUGGUCAUCUCAAUAAAUGCUGCAACAAUACGGGUAACUCCCCCAAAAUAGAAAAUCAAAAGCAAUCAAAUCAUGCCCACAAGACGCCUACAAGCAAGGACAACCUUUACUGAAAUCUCUCAUUCUCAAUCUUCCCAACCAUACCAUCCAUAGGUAAUUUGGUAUACGCUUUGAGGAAAGAUACGCAGUUAGACUUUUCCCUCGAACCCUCCUCUUUCCCUCUCUACCCAGCUUCUUUAAUUCGUACUUUAACCUUUCUACCUUUAUUUUUUUUAAUUUUUUUUUCAAAUAUUUCACAAACCCUUUUGAGAUAAAGCUGUUUGUAUAAUUUAGAUGAGGAAACUUUGCCCAAAUAUUGACAAUGACGAUGGGCUGGAGACAGUUCUUGAGGUUCCAAUUCCAGAAGAAAUGUUCACAAGCAUGGGCAGCAAUGCGAACUUGCGUUGGCAAAAUAUGCUUACAUGGAUGAAAGCUCAAACAUCUGACAAGUGGUCACAACCAGUCAUUGCUGGACGCAUCAACGAGCUUCGAUUUCUUCUUUACAUGGUUGGAUCUCCUCUUAUCCCUCUCCAGGUUCAAGUUGGCCAUUCUGUUCACAGACCUGUCAAAGAUUGUUCCAUUCAAGCUUCAACAGCCAAAUAUAUUGUGCAACAAUACCUAGCAGCAACAGGAGGACCAGCAGCAUUAAACGCAGUGCACAGCAUGUGUGUAACAGGGGAGGUGAAAAUUAGGGCAUCAGAAUUUCAUCAAGGUGACAAAUCCAUCAAUAAAAAAGGCACUGAAGAAGCUGGUGGGUUCGUCCUCUGGCAGAAAGAUCCUGAUUUAUGGAUCCUGGAGCUUGUUGUUUCAGGUUGCAAGAUCAUUUGUGGAAGCAAUGGCAAGAUUUCUUGGAGGCAUUCUUCCAAUCAACAAAGUCCCAUUAAUAAGGGUCCUCCCAGACCCUUACGCAGAUUUUUGCAGGGUUUGGACCCUAGGUCCACAGCAAACUUAUUUAUAGAUGCAACAUGCAUUGGAGAGAAAAUAAUAAACAAUGAAGACUGUUUUAUACUAAAGCUAGAGACAAGUCCAGCAAUUCGCGAAGCACAAAGUGGACCAAACUAUGAGAUAAUUCACCACACAAUAUGGGGAUACUUUAGCCAAAGAUCAGGACUUCUGAUUCAAUUUGAAGACUCAAGGCUGCUAAGAAUGAGAAACAAAGACGACGAUGAUGUAUUCUGGGAGACAAGCACAGAAUCUGUAAUGCAAGACUAUAAGUACGUUGAUGGAGUUAAUAUUGCACAUAGUGGUAAAACUCGUGUCAAGGUUUUUAGAUAUGGAGAACAAUCUGCAAACCACAAGAGGGAAAUGGAAGAGAAAUGGAAGAUUGAAGAUGUAGAUUUCAAUGUUUGGGGUUUGACAACUGAGCAUUUUCUUCCUCCUUCGGCUGGCAUUGAAUGUGGAAAGAAAUAGCACCUUAAUGUGUGGGUUUUCUUGGAGGAGAUAUGGGAGGAAGAAAUUUUUUUGUGUAAAUACUAGCAAAAUUGGAGGACAAUGACAAACACUAUUUUCUUUCAUUU